GUCAGUUCAAAUGUAAAUAGGAAGAUAAUAAAGGUACAGGGAUCUUAAGUUUCUUGGCACGGUUUUGUGUACCCAGUUGAAGAAUCCCGCGAAUGAUAAAAUUUUCUGUAUUCGUCAUUCAGUCAUACAAGAGAGAAGAUAAUACAAGUAGAACAUUGUGCUUAAACAUAAAAAAUUGAUUUACAAAUGUUUUGUUCUUAGAGGAUGUAACAGAACCUUCAUUCACAUAUAGAAGAAAUGAAAACAAUGGAUAUUGUAAAAAUAAGAAAUGUAACAAAAUUUAUUAAAGAAUAAAAAAAUUUUUCGACUUCGAGCAAGAAAAUCAAGGGUCUCAGCAUAUAGGUACAUCUAAGAAGCAAAAGUUUAAAUUCACUUUUCUGUUUCAGAAAACUGAGAUUUCGUCAAAAAUGGAUCAUGUUACUACUUUUUCAAAGAUUAUAGAACAGGAUUUUCUAACAGACAGUUGUAUUGCAUCGAGAAAAGUUUCAACAGACAUUACACAAAUUGAAAAAGAAUUAUCCAAUUCAUUAAAGCUACUUGAAUCAGGACUGUCAAAUCUGGAAAUUGAAGCAGCUCACUUUCUCGAUUCUGGAGAAUUUAAUAAUACCUUCUCACUGAAUAAUGAUUAUUUAAGCACAUCAUGUUCGAAUUUUGAUAAACAGAGAACAGUACAAGUCUUACAUAAGACACCAAUAAUCUUUUCUAAUGUGAAAACGAAUAAUAAUUCUCAUCUAUCAAACUCGUCAGUAGAAUCAGAAGCAAGAGAAUCAUCAAUUCCUCCAGAUUUAACAUUUUCAUUUUAUUCAUCAACUGACGAGGUAAUUGUUCCCUUAAAAUCUCAAACAUCUGAAUCUACAAAGAAAUCUAAUGAUGAACUGCAAUCAAAUCUCGAUGAAAUAUUGAGAAAUACAGUAGAAAAUGUUUUGACAAUGAAAAAUAAUUUUGAAACACAAUCAAAGAAUGGCGAUAGAGAAAAAUUGGUGAAAAAGAAUUCUGGUAUGGAGAAAGAAAAAACUGAUGAAUUGAAUAAAAAUAAUGAGAUUGUUUUAGAAAUGAAUGACUUAGUGGAAUCUUUGAUGAAAAUACAAACAGCGUUGAACGAUUUAGAUAAAGAAGCAGCUCAUAUAUUAAAUCCAAAAUAUUAAAUCGUUUCUCAUUAGAAUUUAUUUAUCAAUGAACAAUCGUCAUACAUAUGAGGAUAAAAUGUAUUUAAAAUAAAGCAUUUUGAUAAUUUUUUUUA